AAGACGCACAGCUUCUUUGUGUUGAUGGGUGGUUUCAUGCUGUACGUGGAUGGAGAACCCUAUUGUACACUACAACCUGAGCACAUGCGCGAAUUGAUACGUCAAGGGUGUAUCGACGUCCCUACCUAACGGCAGACCAGAUCGAUGACAGGAGCAAAGGCGAUGCGAUAUCGAAAGGGUUGGUUAUGCUUCAGGUGGCCUGGUUUAUUAUACAGCUCAUCACCCGCGCCAUCUAUCACCCCGAAAUCACCCAGCUCGAAGUGGGGACACUCGCUUUCGCGGUUCUUAAUUUCCUAACUUAUGCUGUGUGGUGGCACAAGCCUCUCAAUGUGCAAUGUCCCCAUCCAGUGUACUGGAAGUUGACCGAGCCAGAGUUAAAGGAAUAUAUCGAUGUCUACUUGAGUGUCACAGGCGAAUCCGCUCCGCUUCAGUUCUUGCCUCGGGUCUUCAACCCAAUUAUAGAACUGAUAGGUUGGGCUGGCAUUCCCGUAUCUCGAAGGCUCCAAGUUCAAACAUUUGAUGGCAGCAUCAAACUCAAAGUUUCGGACAAGAUGGUGCUUCAGCAAGCCGCAUUGUAUAUGGCAACCAUAUUUGGCGGCAUCCAUUGUAUGGCUUGGUUUUUCGCGUUUACCACACAUCAGGAACAGGUGCUAUGGCGCAUGAGUGCGGUCGCUAUAACUUGCACGCCGUGGCUUGGUUUGAAUGCUUACUUAGUUCGGGAAAUAAUCAAUUCAGUGCAGCGCGUACCAAAUUCAGCAAUGCACGUCAUCUGGGGUGUGGUUUGUUCCGCAUUUGCGAUGUUGUACAUCAUAGCUCGUGCCGUCCUCUUGGUACUUAUGUUCACCACAUUACGCGAUCUUCAUCCUGACGCAUACAAGACGGUGUUGUGGACUAGUUUGGUGCCCCACUUGUAGUUCUUGAUCAUGGUGCUCGAGAUAUACUUCAUACUUUUGUAAUGAUGCUCAGAUGUUGUGGUUGACGCGGACGAUAGAGCUACUUGCAUGAA